AUUUUUGCUCAUUAGCCCGAUUUUGGUCCCUAUUUUUGACUCAACAGUGUACCCUAACUCCCUUUCAGAGGAUAGAGCUGCUCUCUCCUCUCUUCAUUUUCUUCUCCGCCUGAGGGGUUUUUUUAGGGUUUUAGCUGAGGCUCUCUGUAACCGAACAAAGCCCACAAAAAUAUCUCUUGUUCUUUGUAGAAAUCCUACGGAUUUGAAAAGAAAUGGGAGCAGACAAAGGGAAAAAACAGAAAGUAGGAGAGGUGGAGGAAGAGAGAAACGGGACCGAGCACAUUGAUGGAGACCUUCUUGUCUCUAUCGAAAAGCUCCAGGAAAUUCAAGAUGAGCUUGAAAAGAUCAAUGAAGAAGCAAGUGAGAAAGUAUUGGAAGUCGAACAGAAGUACAAUGAGAUUCGCAAGCCUGUCUAUGAUAAGAGAAAUAGCGUCAUCAAAUCCAUUCCUGAUUUCUGGUUGACUGCUUUUUUGAGUCAUCCUGCCCUCAGUGAGCUUUUGACAGAAGAAGACCAGAAGAUCUUCAAGUAUUUAAGUAACCUUGAAGUGGAGGAUUGCAAAGAUGUGAAAUCUGGUUACUCCAUUACCUUUCACUUCAAGCCCAACCCCUACUUUGAAGAUGCUAAGCUCACAAAGACCUUUGCCUUCCUCGAGGAGGGGACAACCAAAAUCACAGCUACAUCAAUAAAGUGGAAAGAAGGAAUGGGUCUUCCUAAUGGCACUGCUGAAGAGAAGAAAGGAAACAAGCGGUCUCAUGUUGAGGAGAGCUUCUUUUCCUGGUUUAAUGAUUCCCAGCAUAGUGGGGACAUUGAAGAAGUUCAAGAUGAGGUUGCUGAAAUCAUCAAGGAUGAUUUAUGGCCAAAUCCACUCUCGUAUUUUAACAAUGAUGCUGAUGAGGAGGAGUUUGAAAUGGAGGAUGAUGAGGAUAAAGACAGUGAUGCCUCUGAAGAUGACGAUGAGGAGCAAGAAGAUGAAGAUGAUGAAGGUGAUGAUUAAUAUAAAAGAUAUCAUGGUUUUUUCCAAAGUAGCCUUGAAAACUAUCGACUUGGUUUUAAGUUUGUGUUGUUGCUUUGCAUCUCCAAAACUGCGGACAUUUUAUGCUAGUCUUUGUAUAUGGCUGGGACCAUUUUUCCUCCUAUUGGGAAUGGAGUAUAGCUAAUGUAUCUUUUUGUGUAAACUUGGCUUCUGACAACGGUAUACGGCCAAAUUAUCUAUUUUCUUGGGGAAAAUAGGUAUAUAUUAAUUCACAAUAAUUACAUGCAGAAUAGAAAACAACUAGAACAAAUGGCUACCAAAACUCAAUCUGGA